AUGAUUUAAGAUGAUCUGAGACUUAGUGAUGGGAUGCAGUUCGAAGUCAUGAUUGGAGAUGAACUUGUAGCCAAAUGGUUUGAGCCUAAGCAGUAUAUCAACUCCAAUGGGCUCAUUAAGAAAAUUAGAUUUCCCUUCAAAUUUAGAUUUUUAAAUGCAAAAGUAAAUUUCUUCUUAUAGUAAUUGAGUAAAUGGCAAAUUAAGAUCUAUAGUUUCAAGAUUAUACCAUUUGUAUGUAAACAUCACUCAUUAAAUCAAUAAUAGAUCAUGGCAUAUUUGAUUUCAAUUAGGUACUUAAGAAUCUCUAAGUCUUAACACCAGCUUAUUAAAUACCUGUCUAAUUGUGUGAAGAUAAUGGAUUUUAUUUUUCAAGGAUUAAGAUAGUCAAAGUGGAAUAGAUAAAUGAGCAGUCGUUGCAACUAUAAAUUUGUAUACCGAACUAUGAAAGUAUUUAAUCUCUUAUUAAACCUAUAUAAAGAUAAUCUGUUUGCUGAAAGAUAAUUUGCUUUGACUUUUGAACAAAACUACCCGAAUGCCUAAAAUUCAUUCAUAACACCAGUUACUUAUGUCAAAGGAAGUGUGAAAUUUACAGGUGAGGAUCUACAAGACAUCGAACAGCAAUAAAUUGAAUAUGAAUAGAUCCCUGUAUAACAAAGAGUUCAUUAACAAAAACAGACUGAGGAGGUAAAGCAAUCUUAUCAGAGCACAACAGUAAAAAGCAAUUAAAAUGAAGAGUUGAUAAGCAAUAACUAAAUCGAGGAAGAAUUACACUAAAAUCUAGCAUUAAAAGAAGAUUAAAUAACAAAGGAAAAGAGAUCAUGGACAGUCGAGCUAAUUGAUGAACACAAUCCAUACCUUACCAUUCCAAGGAAAAAGGUUGAUUUCUAUAGGUAAGAUAUGCAAACUUAAGGAAAGAGUAUGCUGUUCGGGCCUAUUGUUAGUGAGUCCUACUAAAGUUUGAUUGACGUCAUGAAUCUGGGAUAGAUUUAAGUUGUACCGAUGAUUGCCAUUGAUUUUAGCUUAGCAAAUCUCACUUUUUUAGAGGACUAAUGCCUGCAUUCAACAAAGCCAGAGAAGUAAAAUGACUAUAGAGAUAUAUUGAAGAUGAUAGCUGAAUCUUAUUAGAAUAUUUUGAACAUUCCAGUCUUUGGGUAUGCUGCUAAGACUGCUACUCAUUCUUAAAAAGCAGCCUCAAUUUUUCCACUAUCAGCUGAUCUAAGAAACCCUUUUAUUACUAAUGAUCCAGAAGUAAUUGAUGAAUGCUAUUCUAAAUGCCUUAAAAGUCUAGAGCUUUCCACACCUAUCAAUCUUUUGCCUGUCUUUGAAGUUGCCAAGCAUCUAGGCAUGAAUGUCAAGAAGAUUAUAGAUGAAAACAAUGGCAGAAUAGACUGCUUUUAUGUACUUUACAUCCUCUCUCCUGGUCUAAUAGACGAUUUGAAUGAUUUACUAGAGACAAUAGAUUCCACUUGGGAUGGCUUGCCACUUCAGAUACACUUGAUAAAUCUAUCUACCUCAAAUAUCGUCAGCGAAGAUCUUGAUACUAUAAAAUUCUAAGACUUUACCAUGAAAUAUAAUCUCUAGUAAAGUUGUUGGAAUCAAUUCAAUGUUCACUUCUAUGAUAGAAUCAAAUCCAAAUUCUAACUUAGACAUGAUCAAGCUCUUUAUAUGCUUAAGGAUAGUGCAGUUGAAAGUGUACCAAAAGAUAUAGAAACAUUUUUAUUCCUGAAUUAGCUUAAAGCUAAUAAAUUUGCUUUUAAGGGCGAAGCUGUAUAGCAAUCUUUGAUGAAUGUUAUUAACUUAAUUGAAGAUAAGAAUGCUCAAUUGUAUAAGCAAGCCGAAGAGCUUGGAAUUGAUUAGAAGAUUGUUGAAGAAAUGGUAAAUAAGUAGAGAUUAUUUGAAUGGAGUAUAGAGACUUUAUAAGCAUUGAUUAGUAACCAAAAUAGUGAGUAUGAUAUGAGAAAUGAUAGGAAAAAGAUCAUUUGA